AUGGGAGAACUUUUGGCAGUCUCACAGUCAUCUUUACUGCUGUUGCCCCGGUUUCAGCUUGGAGUUCCAAAUCGACGACUGGUUUCCAUAGGUCGUAUCGAGGCAUCAUUAUCAGAGAACUCAUGUAUGCGAUUCUGUUCAACAGGUUCGGAUACAAUUCCAACAAUUUAUGCACUGCCAAAGCAAGUUUCUGGGGGCAUGAGAGUCCAUGUUGUUUCAGACUCUAAGAUGCCGACUACAUUUACUGUUGAUUCAGCUGGGGAAGGUAUUGAUGUCCUCCCAGAUUCUGGUGGCUCUAAUGAUGAUCUUGGUGGUCCAAAAGGCAAUGGCGGCGGUGGAGGUGGCAACAAUGGCGGUAAUGAUAACGGGGGAAGUGAGGGAUCUGGCGAAAGUGAUGACCAUAACAAGGGCAGUGACAAGAAAGCGAAGGCACUUUCAAUGUCCCAAAAAUUGACACUCGGUUAUGCUAUCCUAGUCGGAGGUGGUGGAAUUAUGGGCUAUUUGAAGAGUGGAAGCCAGAAAUCCCUGAUUGCAGGGGGAGGAUCGGCCUUGCUAUUGUAUUUUGUUUACACAACGCUUCCUACUUAUCCCGUUUUGGCAUCUUGUCUUGGUUUUGGGAUGUCGGCUUCCCUUCUAGGAGUGAUGGGUUUGCGCUUUAAGAAGUCAGGGAAGAUUUUUCCAGCUGGUAUCGUCUCCUUUGCAUCACUUGUCAUGAGUGGGGGCUAUUUGCAUGGAAUUUUGCGUAGUGUGCACUGA